CUUCUCAUGUUUGAUGUUUGUGUGGUUGCAGGAAGGCUCUUGGGCUGUUCAUACGUGUCUCGAUAGCCCACAACUUCAGUCCGCACUAGUAGCACCAUGCCGAAGCCAGUACAGCAGGAGGGUGACGACCCGGAUCCCACCCCGUACCUGUUCGUCUCGCUCGAGCAGAAGCGUAUGGACCAAACCAAGCCUUAUGACGCCAAAAAGGCCUGUUGGGUGCCGGAUGAGAAGGAGGGUUAUGUGCUGGGUGAAAUCAAGGCCACCAAGGGAGACUUGGUCACUGUUUCCCUGCCUGGUGGUGAGGAUAAGAACUUCAAGAAGGAACAAGUGACUCAAGUCAACCCCCCCAAGUAUGAAAAAUGCGAGGAUAUGUCCAACUUGACAUACCUUAAUGAUGCUUCUGUCUUGCAUAACCUCAAGCAGCGAUACUACCAUAAGCUCAUUUACGUAAGUCGCUUCGGCUAGUCGAAGAGAGCCGAGCGUCACUCGUCGACGACAUUUGCCUGCCUGCCUGCCUGCCUGCUCGCUUGUCAUUCAUUAUUACGUCACUCGUCGACAACACUUGCCUGCUUGCUCGCUUGCCUGCCUGUCACUGUCUCGUCACCGUCGACAACAUUCUUUCUGCCUUGCUACCUGCCCGAAUGUUUUCCACUGCCACAAUUUGCUUUAACAAUUCCGUCGAUAUACCUCGUUCAUUCUUUCCAUUAUUGUUUUUCGUUUUGACGACAAAUUAAUGAAGUUUAACGCUAAAUUCAUGUUUCGAUACCAUUGCCAAGUCGAUUUUAUUAAAUGAAUAUCGUAGUUUUUAGGGGUUUUUUUUGUUGAGAAAUACUGAAGUUUUCACUUAGCAAUUAUAUAUUUAUAAAACAAAUUUUAUACUUAGUACCACUCCCUAGGAUGUAUUUGUGCAAAAAAUUAAUACAGUAUUUUAAUUUGCAUUAUAAGCAAAACGUAUAUUAGUAUCACUUUUAUAAUCCAAUUAACUUCAAUUGAUCUUUUUGUUCUGACACUGCAUGGCUGUAAUAAAUAUUCAAUUCACUAAACGCAGUUGGUCUACUGAGUAAUAUGAGGUUACUAGCCAAUGUGCUACUCAAAAUCUUUGAUAAUAUUAGUAAUGCGGUUCGUAAAUGUACCCUAUAUUUCAAUAAUGCGUUAAAAUGUCUUCAUUAUUUCAUUUUAAAUUUCGACUUUUAAUGCUGAAAUAAUCCGCAUGAAACCUUUAUUAUUUUAGCAUUAUCUGAGACGCUUAACAUCGCACUUGUGAUUUUAUUUGAUUCACUAUAUGCUUCGAUCUCUUAAUCCUCAUA